GACAGCUCCCCUCAUCACUUCGAUUUAAGCCUUGGUUCAGCACCACAGAUGGUCAAUGCAUUCAUCCUCCUAAGACAGCUUCAAUGUCAAGCUGAAGAACAAAGACAGGGUUGCUGUCAUCAUCUGCAGAGAUCUUUGAUCACAGAAAAAUAAAAACUGCCACUGUGUCUACUUCUUCCCUUUCCAUUUACAAAUGCCUGAUACACACAGGAUAUGAGGCUAACCAGUGCAGACCAUGGCUGGGCUUUUCACACACAAGCCUGGGAAUCUAUUAUUCAUUUUACUAUGGACUCAUGCCAUGCCAUUGGUUGUCAAAGCACAGAGUUGUAUAAUUAUGGGAAAGUCUGCAAAUUGCAAGGGUAGGAAUCUGGUGACAGUGCCCAACAACCUGCCCAUUUCUCUUGAAGUACUAGACUUGUCCUACAACAAACUGACCAUUGUUCAGCACCAAGAUUUUGCUAGCCUGACUCAGCUGCGCAUUUUAUACCUCAAUUACAACAACAUAUCACAAAUUGAAAAAGGCUCCUUUGAUAAAAAUACUUUGCUAGAAUACCUGACAAUCUUCAACAAUUCCUUGACAGAAAUUCCCUCAUCAGCAUUACAACCUUUAAAGAAACUGCAGACUCUGGACAUAUCAAACAAUUUCUAUACCUGUGCCAGACUGGUAGGUGAUUUUGGCUCAUUUCAUAACCUGAGUGACUUUUCACUUGGUGGACCUUUAAUCAAAUCUUUAAAGAAUUAUGAUUUUGUUCCUAUACAGAACUUGUCAUUAUACAAAUUUUCUUUAAAGACUGCAUCAAGCUUAUUGCAUUAUGAACCAGGAGCUUUAUCUGUGGUUAAUACUCAAGAACUUUGGUUGGAUAUUGCAUUAGAUAAACAUGCUGAUGCUCUACCAUUGAUAUUGAAAGAUUUAUGUAGAAAAUCCUUUCAGCUUCUUCGCUUUCGAAAUUUGUUUGAAUUCACCUAUUACACGGAGACAAGUGAUAUUUUCACUGGUUUAGCAGAUGUCUAUGCAAAGAAAUUAAUUUUCUAUAGGGGCAAAUUUAAUGAGAACUUAAUGAGACUUGUUUUGUGGAAUAUUCAAAAGUCCAGUAUUGCAAACCUGUCAUUUCAGAGCAUUGACUUUGCACGGUCAUUGAAGUCCACAGAAUCUAAGAUUCCUAUCACUCAUCUAGUCUUGAAUCAGUUAGAAUUAAAAGACAUCAGCAACCCAGAUAUUCUGAGGUUUGACUGGAGCUUCACAUGGUUUCAGAAUGUCACUAAUCUCCAUAUAAUCAAUGUUAAUUUUAACUAUGUCCCCUGCGAUGUGUGGACUGAACUGAAAAAUGUUAAGCAAUUGAACAUUACCUAUAACAGGCUUCGGGAUGGUUUUAUUUACAAUCAAAGGUGCAGUUAUGAAGGUUCAAUGCCUGUGCUGCAAUACUUUAUUGCAAGAGACAAUAAGCUUGCCAGUCUUCAGGUCUUGUCCCUGCUUAGUAGCAGUUGGUUACAUCUACAGUAUAUUGAUGUUAGCAAAAAUCAAAUUAAGGACAGCACUGGAGCAUGUAACUGGAAGCCAAACAUAACCACACUUAUUAUGAAUUAUAAUACUGUCAGUAUGAAAAUCUUUUCAUGUCUCCCCACCACACUGCAGUACAUUGACAUGUCAAACUGUGGACUUGAUCAGCUGGACACAAAGUACUUCCUUAGGGCUUUAAAUCUCCAGACGUUGUUUCUAAGUGGAAACAAGAUCAAGUUUAUUCCCAGUGACUGGAGUAGCCCUGGCCUGCAAACUCUAUAUGUAGAUGGGAAUUCUUUUGGUGUCAUCAGCAGAGGUUCCUUUCGUAUGAUGCCCAGCCUGAGUCAGCUCAAGGCAGACAAUAACCCUUACCAUUGUACUUGUGAGUUGCAUGCUUUUAUAGAAGAAACCCAUGACACAAGGAAUCUGGAGCUGGCAGGUUGGCCAGAUGCUUAUAUCUGUUAUCAUCCAGAAAAAUUCCUCAGUACAGCCAUCAAAGAUUUUGACCCAGGACGUUUACAGUGCGACAUCACUUUAGUGGUAGCUGUCUCAGUCUCUUCGACUGCUGUUAUUGUCAUCUUUAUAAUGUUGCUUUGUUGGAAAUUUGAUGUGCCUUGGUAUAUUAAAGCAACAUGUCAACUACUUCAGUCAAAAUAUCGAUCACAUAAGUCAGGUCCAUCUCGUAAUUGGAAUUACCAUGCAUUCAUUUCCUACAGCAGCUCUGAUGCAGAAUGGGUAAGGGGCCAGCUGCUCCCUCGCCUGGAGAAUGCAACUCCACCUUACCAAAUCUGCAUUCAUGAGAGGGAUUUUAUGCCAGGCAAAUGGAUCAUAGACAACAUUGUAGAGAACAUUGAGAACAGUCGUAAAAUAAUUUUUGUUCUUUCUCAGAAUUUUGUCAAUAGCGAGUGGUGCAACUAUGAAUUAUACUUUGCUCAUCAGCGGACUAUUGGGCAGGCUUUUGAAGAUAUCAUUCUAGUGGUCAAGGAAAGCAUAAAUUUUGAAUCUCUACCCAACAAGUUUUGCAAAUUAAGGAAAUUGAUUCACACUAAAACUUUCCUUGAGUGGCCCAUAGAGGUGAACAGACAAGUUUUUUUCUGGGCUCAGUUGAAAAGUGUUUUGGGUAGAGCUGAUACAGGCAAUCCAAGACUGAAACAGCAUUCUAUAGAAGACAAAAUGGAUAAUUCCACUGAACUGUUGUCUGUACAUUCUGAAAAGCUUGCUACCACCAUCAGUGAGGCAGAUUCUACUUUCUUAUGCACCUCUCACUCAAUGGAGCAGAUGCCUGAAUACUAAACUUUGGCUUUGCUAAUUGAUGUAGCGCUGCCGUCAUACAGUACUGCACUUUCGCCAGGUCUUUCAGAACAUUUCCCACAUCUGCAGAUCAGCAUGUUUUCUGAGAACACUUGUAUUAUGUGAAGAGUAUGUCUGUAAGAUGAACCUGCAAGUUUUUGUUUUUAUCAUGUAUUUUGGCUCCUGUCACAAGUAACAGAAAGGAAAAGGUCAGUGCUGUGUGCACAAAUACACUGUAUGUGAGGUCACAUGGAAGGUAAAGACUGAAAACAACCAGAAGUAGUUAAGAUAACCUUCAAGCACUGUACUGAAAAGCUAACAAGCCAGUAGAUAGACAGAAGAAACAGAAGUAUGUGAAUGUCAGUGGGGAAAUGAAAGAUUUUCUUUAACAUGUUGUGAUGCAGAUGUUUAAGUUAUGUAGGCUUUGGCACCAUGAGGGCAAAUGGAAACAUUACCUGUUGUAUAUUGUGCUUCAGGUCCUUGCAUUAUACAGGCCUUUGUAGCAAGAUAAAUGUUGUGAUUUUUCAGACUACUUCAUGCAUUCAUAUUAAAUGUGAUAUAUGUAUAAUAUAUUAUAUGUUCAGUAUUCUAUAUACUCACCUUUAUUCAUGGAACAGAAGUUGAAUAAUCCAAACAGGACCGUCUGUCUUUGGUAUUAUCUAUUCUGGUUACCUACACAUCUGCUUACAAUAGUUGCAAAAGUCUAUUUGAAAUUAGUCAAAAUUAAUUUUAUUAACUGAGUUCAGAACUUUCUUUUUCCAGAGUCCUUAUUUAGUAUCCAAGCCUAAAGUCAACAAUCUUAAAAAAUAUAUGCACUAAUGUACAUUUUAAUCCAUUUCUGAGAUAGCACCCAGAUUCAUCUGCCUCUUAAUAUGUAUGCACAACCUUAGCUAUCCAUUAGACAGUGAAUUCUGAGACACUGAGAUAGAAGAAAUGUUUAAUAAUUGUUAUGUUUCUCACACUUAAAACUGCUAUACUUGUGUGAGCAUCCCCUUUCCCUCACACAACACAUAUAAACACAGACUGGGGUGCUGGGAACAGACUUAAUCUCUUCAGUACCAAAAUAACAAAAGUACUUUUUAACACACCUGUCAUACUAUUCUCUAUUGUGCAUAUAACAAAACUACUUUUUAACAUCUCCUUCAUACUUUUCUCCAUGGUGCAGUCAAAACAUUCAGGCUGAUUAUUCAAUUAAAUGAAUAAGAAACUAUUAUCGCACAUUGUAUUUGGCCUCAUAGUUCCCCUAAUUAUGAAAACAUAAUGUAGGAGCUAUUUUGAAAGUGCCUUACUAUUUUUAUCCAGCUAAAGACAAUAUUUGACGUAAGCUUCUCUUCAAGAGUGGAGCUCUUUUUUAAAGCAACAGUGCAGUCUUCAUCACAAAUGUCUGGUUUAAUUUAUGAUUAAGAAUGGUGCUAGCACAACUGACAAAUAUACAUCUCUAAAUUCUCUAUGCUACAAAAAAGUAACUUGUAUAGUCUUCAGGGAUAACCUUACCUUACAAUGUCUGCAAUAUGGGCGCAUGUUGUUUGCUUGAUGACACUUCCAACAAACUAUUUUUUUCAGUUUGCCGAUUAAACAAAUUACAGUUACAAAAAAUAGCUGUUUUUUAAAUGCUGUGUUUGGAUACUGUUAUUUCAUGUAAGUACAGUUUAACUGUUUUUUUUUAUGUUUAUAUUGUUUUCAGGUUUGUGGUAGCACUUUUGCUGGUGUGUUUUUGGACUGGUAUUAUUCAGAGUAGAGAAGGGUGGAGGUACAGUGAAAGUAGCUAUUUCCCCUUUCUUUAUGGUUGUGAGUCCAUGGAGUCAAUAUAUUUAAGUAAAAGAGGUGGGGAGUGCAGGGUGGCUUAUCCCCUGUAAAACAUCUGUGUGUUUUGGGGACGGUUUUUAAUAAAUCUGCAUUUCUCGAUAGAGUAAAACA